CGACCAUCGAUUGCCCUCGACGCCGACUGUUCUUCGCUUCCUCGGUUGUCGAUUCUUCACUUGUGCCUUUUUUCCUGCCAUUCCAAUCCGAUGGUAGACUUGUAAUGACCCUUCACCUUCUCGACUCUCGUUAAUUCUUGUCUUAUGAUCGUCCUGAUUUGCGGCUGAGGCUGUCCCUGCGCUUCCACACCCCUGACGAGACGAAACGACUCUAGAAAACCUGUCAACUCAAUCGCGGCUGUUUCAACAACUAUCGGAUACUCUCUGCGAGCCGCCCGCCAUGGCUCGACCGCCGAGCGUGAAGCCCGUAGGGGCGCGGCCGUCGCCCCCUCCGCCGUCCUACAGCCAGGCCACCAAAGCCAGCGCGAAGACGACGAAGACCAAGGAUGACUACUCGUCCGAGGGGGUUGAGGACAAUGAUAUCUUCCUCCUUCCAGGCUCAGAUGUUCAGCUCGUAUUUGGGAUAACGGUGUUGUCGGCCCUUGUCCGCUUGUUUCGCAUCUAUCAGCCCACCAGCGUUGUCUUCGACGAGGUCCAUUUCGGCGGCUUCGCUUCCAAGUACAUCAAGGGCCGGUUCUUCAUGGACGUCCACCCCCCGCUUGCGAAGCUGAUGAUUACACUCUUCGGCUGGCUCGCUGGGUUCAAUGGAGACUUUGAUUUCAAGGACAUUGGCAAGGACUAUCUCGAACCAGGUGUCCCUUAUGUGGCCAUGCGGCUGUUCCCGGCCAUUUGCGGUAUUCUCCUGGCCCCGACCAUGUUCCUGACGCUGAAGGCUGCGGGUUGCCGCACUUUUACUGCCGCCAUGGGCGCCGGUCUUAUUAUUUUCGAGAACGGGCUCCUGACGCAGGCGCGUCUAAUUCUGCUUGACUCUCCCUUGAUGAUUGCGACAGCUUUCACCGCCCUGUCCUUCACCUGCUUCACCAACCAACAGGAGCUUGGUCCAUCCAGGGCCUUUACCCCAAGCUGGUGGUUCUGGCUUGUCAUGACUGGCCUUGGUUUGGGAAUGACAGUCAGCAUCAAGUGGGUUGGGCUAUUCACCAUUGCCUGGGUUGGCUGCUUGACUCUGGUCCAGCUCUGGGUUCUGCUUGGCGACUAUAAGAACGUCACGGUUCGCAUCUUUGCAAAGCACUUCAUGGCUCGCGUGUUCUGCUUGAUUGUGAUCCCCCUGACCUUCUACAUGGCGAUGUUCGGUAUCCAUUUUCUCUGCCUGGUCAACCCGGGUGACGGCGACGGUUUCAUGAGCUCAGAAUUCCAGUCGACUUUGAAUUCAAAGGGCAUGCAGGAUGUCCCUGCCGACGUGCUUAUGGGCAGCCGGGUCAGCAUCAGGCACGUGAACACCCAAGGCGGCUACCUCCACUCACACCCUCUCAUGUACCCUACUGGAUCCAAGCAGCAACAGGUCACUCUCUAUCCCCACAAGGACGACAACAACCUGUGGCUCCUUGAGAACCAGACCCAGCCUCUUGACAUCAACGGCCAGCCUAUCAAUGGCACGAGCGCGUGGUACAACCUCCCUGAGACUCCCUAUAUUCGUGACGGCGCCGUCAUUCGCCUUUAUCACCUGCCUACGCACCGUCGCCUCCAUUCCCACGAUGUGCGCCCACCCAUCACCGAGGCCGAUUGGCAGAACGAGGUCUCUGCUUACGGCUACGAGGGCUUUGACGGGGACGCCAACGACUUCUUCCGUGUCGAAAUUGUCAAGAAAAAGUCAAAGUCCGGCGUUGCCCAGGAACGGCUGCGCACCAUCGACACCAAGUUCAGACUGGUUCACAUCAUGACAGGUUGCGUGCUGUUCUCUCACAAGGUCAAACUCCCGGACUGGGCUUCGGAGCAGCAGGAGGUGACGUGCGCUCGUGGCGGCACUCUUCCCAACAGUCUGUGGUAUAUCGAGUACAACGACCAUCCCAAACUCGGAGCAGAUGCCGAGAAGGUCAAUUAUGCCAACCCCGGCUUCUUUGGCAAGUUCUGGGAGCUUCAGAAGGUUAUGUGGAAGACGAAUGCCGGCCUCGUGGAGUCUCACGCCUGGGACUCCCGCCCACCCUCUUGGCCUAUUCUCCGGCGAGGCAUCAACUUCUGGGGUAAAGAUCACCGCCAGAUCUACCUGAUCGGCAACCCGAUCAUUUGGUGGAGCGCGACUGCGGCUGUUGUCAUCUACAUCCUGUUCAAGGGCGUCGCUGUCCUCCGCUGGCAGCGCAGCUGCAACGACUAUUCCAUUCCCGUCUUCAAGCGGUUCGACUAUGAAAUCGGGACUUCAGUGCUUGGAUGGGCUCUGCACUACUUCCCAUUCUACCUCAUGCAGCGGCAGCUCUUCCUUCACCACUACUUCCCGGCGCUUUACUUCUCCAUCAUUGCGUUCUGCCAGAUAUACGACUUCGUCACAGCACGCAUCUCCGGUGUCGGCCUGAGAGAGAACCCCAUUGUCGGAAAGGCCGGCGCCGUUACAUUCCUGGCCCUGUCGGUUGCUGUCUUCUCACUGCUUUCUCCACUCGCGUACGGCAACGCGUGGACCAAGGCCGAAUGCAACAGAGUCAAGCUCUUCAACACCUGGGACUGGGACUGCAAUACCUUCCUGGAUAGUUAUGACGCGUAUAAGACCCUGUCGUCCACUCAGGUGGCGGCCGCGCAAACCCCGCAGAAGUCUGUCAAGGCCCAGCAACCUCCACCCGUUGCUGGCGGGCAGCAUGGCCAGGUUCCCAUCGCGGAUGUCCAGAAGCAGCAACAGCAAGAGAAGCCAAACGUCUCGGGCGCGCCCCUGCCGCCCAACAAGCGGCUGGUGCACACCGAGGAGCGCAUUGAAUAUCGCGACCAGGACGGUAACCUUCUGAACGAGGAGCAAGUCAAGGCGCUUGAGGGCAAGGUCGAGUUCAAGACGCGUUAUGAGACGCGCACUCGCCUGGUUGACGCUGAGGGUAACGAGAUCUUGCUGCCUGCCGAUGGUGAGCAGCAGCAUGAGGCGGCCGGCGUUGCGCCUCCUCACCCGGAUGUUGAGGGCGUCGACCGCGAGACGCCCAAGCGCGCUGUCCCUGACGAGCAUAUCCCGGAUGCCAAGCAAAGCGUUGAGGGGGAGAAGGAGAAUGCAGGAAAGGCCGCCAAGCCAGCCAGCGAGGGUAAUGAGGCCACGAAGAAGCUCGCAGUAGAGGAGGAAAAGAAGGAUGAGCUCUAGGCGGAGUGCUGAAAUCCUACUAAUUCGGGAGUGGAUGGUUGUUGGUUGGAGCUCAUUUCUAUCCUGCCGUCUCUGUCAAGUGAUUGCCUGCUUGCAGGUUGGCUCAUCAACGUGUCUGUUCUAUGUCUUGUAUCGUAUCAUGCUCGCGGGCAAUCUAAUGAAAGACGGAUGGGAAGAAAUGGGUGAUGGUUUGGGGAUGGGAAAAAAGCCAUGGGACAAAAGAAGGCAGAUGGUACAUCGUUUGGGGAACCAGAUUUGGUAGUUCACCAUCUACAACUCUGUACUCCAGGCAUCCAAGGAGGACGACACACUCAGUCCUAGAUUUCCUUGGUCAUGUCCUUAGGUUAUUUGUCCGUUCUAGGAUUCGGUUGAAAUGGAACUGCAGCUCUUUAAAAUGAAAUAUAUGA